AUAUUGGCGGAAACGCGGAGACGCCGUGCGCCGCGACGCUCAUUUAUCGAACGCCGGUCCGUGAGCGAAGGGAUGAUGAAAAAAAUGAUAUAUCUAGAGUGUGUGCGAGAGAGAGAGAGAAAGAGAGUGAUAAAGACGUGGGGUUGGAGGAGGAGGACCUUCAUCCAUGCAAUCGGAUGGUCCAUCCAUCCGAGGAGGGCCUUGCACGCGCGAUGUUCAUCCUCCGAUACCAAAAUCAUCUUAUAAACGCCCUUCUCGAAAUGAGCUGACAAUCGCUUCUUCCUGUCUACCAUCGCAGAGACUUAAGAGGAGAUACUACAGAUGAUCGGUUGGAGAUGCAGACGUGGAGGCCCCAAUCGGUGCUGUGGCUGCUUUUCAUAGUGGCAGCGUGCAGCCUCCUCUUCGUCUGCAACAUUCUGGAGAUACGCACGUACACCAUCAAGACUGCGUACUUCCUGCAGUCGUCGCCGAGGGUGCAGGAGGAGCUGAGCAUGAAGGGCUUCUUCAUCCGAACACCGGGAUGCACCAUACCGGAGAUGCGAGCGAUGGACGACUCGAUCAAGAAAUACAUCUUCAUGGAGAAGAGCGUGCUGUGCAACAACGGCACUCCGCCUCUGAUAGAUUCGAACAGGACAUCCAUUUACUUGUUGGAAUCGUCGCUGGAGUACUACAAUCUGAACGAUACGGAGCAGCUGACCUGCUGCUACCAAGAAUUCCAUCGAGUUGCUCCGGGUCAAUCCAAAGAUGACCGCGUCGAUUUUGGUAAAGAGUGCGUCCCGUUCGAGGUUUGGACAGAUAUAGAGCACGAAUUUAUACGGGUGAAAUGUUUCCACAAUAGGUCUAUGAUUUACAAAGAUUUCUUUUCGUUUGUACCUGCUAGAAACGCUUCGAACGUUGGAAAGGAGAAGCUCAACGUUCUGAUCGUUGGCAUCGAUGCGGUGUCGAGACUGAAUUUGCAUCGGCAGAUGCCGGAGACUGUGCGCUUUAUGAAAGAGCUGAAGAGUUACGAGAUGAUGGGCUACAAUAAGGUCGGGGAUAACACGUUUCCGAAUCUGAUACCCGCGUUGACGGGGAUGAGCGAGGAUGAGCUGCAGAGGACGUGCUGGAACGCGAGCACGCAUUUCGACGAGUGCCCGUUCGUUUGGAAGGACUUCAAGGAUUCCGGUCGAUUGACGGGGUUCGGUGAGGAUUCGGCCUGGAUGGGUCUGUUUUAUUACACGAAGAAGGGUUUCAGGAGGCAACCGACUGAUUACUUCUGGGAUCACUUCGAUAUGACGGCCGAGAAGGAAAUCGGAAACAUGCACAGAUUGAACGUGGAUCAGUGCGUCGGGGCGAGGCUCGUGCACAAGGUGUUCUUGGAUUACAUCUCGAAGUUUGCGGAGACGAUGCGCGUCAAUCGGUUACCCUAUUUCGGGUUCUUCUGGGGCGCGAGCUUGACUCACGACUUCUUGAAUAAACCCAAGCUGGGCGAUAGGGAUUACGUCGAUUUCUUGAAGAUGCUGAACGCGAGUGGGACUCUGGAUGACACGGUUUUGGUGCUGAUGAGCGAUCACGGGAUCAGAUGGGGCGAGAUCAGGAGCACGUAUCAAGGACGCAUGGAGGAGAGACUACCGUUCCUGUAUCUGCGAUUCCCUGAGAGUUUCGCGAAGCGAAACCCUUUAGCUAUAAACAACUUGAGGACUAACGUGAGGAGACUGACCACGCCGUACGAUUUGCACGAAACCCUUCUGGAUCUCGUCGAUCCCAAGAAGUUGAGAGACGAUUCGAUCCAGGAGCGGAACGUCAGCAAUCAGACGACGAGGCGGGCGUACAGUUUAUUCGAUAAGAUCACGACGAACAGGAGUUGCGAGAGCGCCGGAAUAUCGGCGCAUUGGUGCACGUGCCAAACAAGUGAAAAGGUGGACGUGGGUGAUCAGGUGGUGCAGGAAGCGGCCAACCACACGGUGAACGAGAUCAACGAGCUUCUUGUAGGGUACGCGGACUGCGUUUAUCUUGAACUCGAAGAGGUCUUGGACGCAACGGUACAGAUCAAUACGGAUGUCAUCAUGCAAGGCACGCAGAACCAGGACUACACCAUCACAUUCAGGACUCGACCCAGCGCCGCCGUCUUCGAGGCGACAGUCCGAAGGAUAUUUCUUCCCACGAACGAGUACCAUUUCAACGUGACCGGCACCGUCAGUCGCAUCAAUUUGUACGGCAAACAGAGCCUCUGCAUCACCGACUUCCACUUGAAGCUUUACUGCUACUGCAAACAGUAUAUUUCCAACAACAACAACAACAUCAAUCCAAUAAUCGAUUAGCUUUUCAAUUGUAAAUGAGAGGCGAUAUUUUUUUAACUUUUUAUUUGUUCCAUGAAACAUUUAUACGAUUAAUGUUAUUUAAGCAAGGGGAGAAACGAUGAUGAGAGAAGAAAAUCUGUGAUUUUUUGAAAUGAUAGUUAAUAAAAAUAUAUAUAUAUAUGUAUACUUACUUGUACGCGGAAUAUUUGUAAAUAACAUUUACCCGAGAAUAAACUUGUUGUUUUUAGUUGACAAUAA